CAAGUAUUCUGUAAAUCUUGUUACAGUAUUAUGAUAAGAUCGUAUCGUAUUUUCUAUUUUAACAAAAACUGAAAUGUCAAUCAAAAUCAAAAUUGUCUGAUAUAUAUAUAUAUAAUAAUAUUAAUCAUUUUGGUAUUGUGAUUCAUACAGAUAGUCUGACAGAUCGAAUUUUCAAUAUAAAACUAACCUAAAAAAAGUAAAGUUGGAAUAUUUCAAUCAUGGAGUGGUUAUUUGGAAAAAGAAUUACUCCUGAAGAAAUGCUUAGAAAAAAUCAAAGAGCAUUAAACAAAGCUAUGCGAGAUCUUGAUAGAGAAAGAAUGAGAAUGGAACAGCAAGAAAAAAAGAUCAUUGCAGAUAUAAAAAAACUUGCUAAAGAUGGUCAAAUGGAUGCAGUGAAAAUUAUGGCAAAAGAUCUUGUAAGAACUAGACGCUAUGUGAAAAAAUUCAUGCUAAUGAAAGCGAAUAUUCAAGCAGUAUCUUUGAAAAUUCAAACUUUACGUUCGCAAAAUACCAUGGCACAAGCAAUGAAAGGAGUCACAAGAGCAAUGCAAAACAUGAAUAAACAAUUAAAUCUUCCUCAAAUACAAAAAAUAUUGCACGAGUUUGAAAAACAGUCAGAGAUAAUGGAUAUGAAAGAAGAAAUUAUGAAUGAUGCAAUUGAUGAUGCAAUGGAAGAUGAAGGUGAUGAAGAAGAAAGUGAUGCUAUUGUGUCACAAGUUUUGGACGAAUUAGGUCUUCAAUUAACAGAUCAAUUAUCUGGUUUACCACAAGCUUCUGGUUCACUAAGUGUAGCAAAUUCUAAGCAACCAAUUGCAGCUGCGACAGGAAAUGAUGAAGGUGGAAAUAUUGCAGAUGCGGAUGCAGAUCUUCAUGCUAGGCUUGAAAAUUUACGACGUGAAUAAGAAAGUGUUAUGUAGCUGAAAUGUAUAAAAGAUGUAAAAAAAACAUUGAUGUUGUAAGCAUAAUUAAUUUUAUAAUUUGCUUUAUAUUUUAGUUGAAAGCAAACACUUUUAUUAUAGCACUUGUUUUUUAAUCACUUAUUCUUUUAAUCAAUUAAGAAUUCAUGAAUGAAUGAUAAACAAAGGCAUCUAUUUAGAUUAUGUAUUAAUCUAUAAUGUUACAUUUUUAUAAAAAAAAAAAAAAAUUUUAAUCCCUUAUGGGCGCAAAACUCAUUAUGAUUACAAUGGUUUUGAUAUUUUUCUUAUGGAUGAAUUUUCAUAACAUAUGGAAUUUGGCGAUAUUUAAAAAAAAUGUGGAGUCCGUCACGGAGCGGUUAAAAUAAUAUAGAAAGAUCUCUCUAUUAAAUUUUUUAAUGUUUCUGUGCAUAUUUUUUGCACAGUAUGAUUUUGUAAAAUGAAUAUUUCACACUUAAUGUGCUUAUCAAAUAUAUUGUUACAAAAUACUUACUUAUUAUAUUUUGAUAAUUACAUGUACAUAGGUUUUCUUGGAAAAGUUAUACGUACAUAUACAUAUAUGCUUUUAUUUUUUUAAAAUACAUUGUAUACUAUUGUAAAAGUAAAUAAGAAAUAAGUUA